CCAUUACUUUUCGAUUUAAAAAAAAUAACGAGCGAUUGUCUGCACGUAGCAGAACUCCAGCUGUUAUUAUCCAGGCGCUUGGUGAUCGAUUUUUUUGUGUGUGUGUGUGUGGGGGUCGUCGUCGUUGCACUUUGACCCAGUGACAUCACGUAGUUUAAUCGCGACGUUGUCUGAGUUUUUAAGUUUGUUGGCGCGGGUGAAAGUGGGCAGGAGUUAGAACCGGGCCGAAGGAGCCAAGUCGGGGUUUAGGCGGCGACUCCCUCCGUGUGUGGAUCCGGAGCCAGGCGGGUCGGGGGGGCCGGCGGUGGGCAGUGCGCAGGCGCGGCGGUGGGCAGACGGCGGCCGUUUCGCUGCUCGGUGUGAGGGAAGGAGGAGGCGGAGCGGCCCCGACCCUCACACACACACACCCACACACAACCCACCGAGCCAUAGACGCACCAACGGAACCGGCGGCGUCGCCAUCGCCACUCCCCAACCCCACGCUCACGCCACGAUCUGCUGGCUAAACAAUGAAUUGGAACAAAGGAGGUGGUGGUGCAAAGAGGGGUUUUGGUUUUGGUGGCUUUGCUAUUGCUACGGGGAAGAAGGAAGAACCAAAACUACCAAAGACAUCACACUCUGUAUUUGGUUCACUGGGGCCAGGAGGUUAUGGAAAAACCCAACCAGCUCAGACACCUUGCUUCUAUAAAGUAGGAUCUAAACGGCCAAACUUCGAUGAAGAAAAUGCGUAUUUUGAAGAUGAUGAUGAUGAAGAAGACAGUUCAGCCAAUGUUGACUUGCCCUACAUACCUGCAGAAAACUCUCCAACCAGACAACAGUUCGCCAGUAAAGCUGAGGACCUUGAAGACAGUGAAGAGGACCCUUUGGAUGCGUAUAUGGCUGAAGUGGAGGAUCAAGCAGCAAAAGAUAUUAAAAGACUCGAUGAAAAGGAGUGCGAGAAGAAAAAUGCCAAGGGUAUAAGGGAUGACAUUGAAGAGGAAGAUGACCAUGAAGCCUAUUUUCGCUACAUGGCUGAAAAUCCUAAUGCUGGUGUGGUUCAGGAGGAGGAGGAUGAUAUUGACUAUGAUAGUGACGGCAAUCCCAUACCUCCACAGAAGAAAGCGAUUGAUCCAUUACCUUCCAUUGACCAUACUGAGAUCGAGUACCAGCCAUUUGAAAAGAAUUUCUACAUUGAACACGAUGAGUUAGCAAAGCUUUCGCUCGAACCUCUAGAUGAACUCCGGCAGAAGCUGAAUUUGAAAGUCUCUGGCGCUGAUCCUCCCAAACCUGGCAGCAGCUUCGGUCAUUUUGGCUUUGAUGAGCAGCUGAUGCACCAGAUUCGAAAGUCAGAAUACACGCAGCCUACACCUAUACAAUGUCAGGGUGUUCCCAUAGCGCUAAGUGGCAGAGACAUGAUUGGAAUUGCCAAAACUGGUAGUGGCAAAACUGCUGCCUUUAUUUGGCCGAUGUUGGUUCACAUCAUGGAUCAGAAGGAACUGGAACCCGGGGAUGGACCAAUCGGUGUAAUCGUCUGCCCGACUAGAGAACUCUGUCAACAGAUUCAUUCUGAAUGUCGGAAGUUUGGAAAAGCCUACAACCUGAGGUCAGUGGCUGUGUAUGGUGGAGGCAGCAUGUGGGAACAGGCAAAAGCUCUUCAAGAAGGAGCAGAAAUCGUUGUGUGUACACCGGGGCGGUUGAUAGAUCACGUGAAGAAAAAAGCCACUAAUCUACAGCGAGUGACCUAUUUAGUAUUUGAUGAAGCGGACAGAAUGUUUGACAUGGGCUUCGAAUAUCAAGUCCGAUCAGUAGCAAAUCACGUACGUCCAGACAGACAAACUUUGCUCUUUAGUGCUACGUUCCGGAAGAAGAUAGAGAGGCUGGCUCGAGAUAUCCUCAAUGAUCCUAUUCGAGUUGUACAAGGAGACAUAGGAGAGGCAAACGAGGAUAUCACUCAGAUCGUGGAGAUUAUGGUAUCUGGUCCUGAUAAGUGGGAUUGGCUCACAAGACGACUGGUGGAGAUGACAUCCAGAGGCAGUGUACUUAUCUUUGUGACCAAGAAAGCUAAUAGUGACGAACUUGCUGCUAACCUAAACCAGGAGGGUUAUACUGUUGGACUGUUGCAUGGAGAUAUGGACCAGAGUGAAAGAAACAAAGUCAUCUUCGAUUUCAAGAAAAAGUCAAUUCCUAUUAUGGUGGCUACAGAUGUGGCAGCACGUGGUUUGGAUAUUCCAUCCAUUAAGACAGUAGUUAACUAUGACGUGGCUCGUGAUAUUGAUACACACACUCACAGAAUUGGACGAACUGGCAGAGCGGGAGAGAAAGGAAUGGCGUACACUAUGAUGACUUGUAAGGACAUUAAUUUUGCUGGGGAUCUUGUUCGCAAUUUGGAAGGAGCUAAUCAGUAUGUUUCCAAAGAAUUGUUGGACCUAGCUAUGCAGAAUCCGUGGUUCCGAAAGUCUCGCUACAAAGCUGGGAAAGGAAAAAGAAUGAAUAUUGGAGGAGGAGGAUUAGGAUACAGAGAGCGACCAGGACUUGGCGCAGAUACCACAGACAGAACAGCUAGCCUUGUGCUGUCUAAUUAUGAAGCAUACAAACCAUCCACUGGUGCAAUGGGUGACAGAAUGUCAGCCAUGAAAGCAGCAUUCCAGUCACAAUACAAGUCACACUUUGUUGCAGCUACUGGAACUGCUCCAAAGAUCACAGGCUCUGCCCCUGGUACUAGCAACUGGACUAGCGCUGGGAGUCUCAACAUCAUCCCGACAUGUCCUCUGGGUAACCAGAUCACUAAUCAGCCUUCAGCCCCCGACAGCAAUAGUGGAGCUACUGCACGAAACAAAGACGACAAUCGUUCUCCUGAAGUCAAAGUAAAUCGCCCUAUCGAUAAUAGCCCUAGUCGCUCCGAAGGUAGUGAUCGCCAUGGCGAUAGCUUGGGUCGUCAUGGGGAAGGCUUUGGUCGUCAUGGUGACAACUUGGCUCGCCAUGGGGACAACCUUGGUCGCCAUGGGGACAACCUUGGUCGCCAUGGUGACAGCAUGGGCCGGCAUGGGGACAACCUUGGCCGUCAUGGGGAUAACUUUGGUCGCCACGGUGAUAGCAGCAGUCGUCACAGUGAUUCUGGCAGCCGUCAUUCUAUCAGUAAGUACAGUGAUCGGGGUGGUGAUGGCAGGCAUGGUGACCGAAGUAGUGAGAGACACGGCGAUCGAGGGAAUGAUCGGAGUGGCGAGAGGCACGUUGACCGCGGUGACCGGCAUGGUGAUCGGCGGGGCGAGAGCCGACACGGCGAGAGGCACGCAGAGGGCCGAAAUGACAGCCGGCACGGUGAGGCCAGGAGCACCAGCCUAAACCGGAGCAGUGGGGAGACGGGAUGUGUUGAUGAGGCUGGGAAUGGUGGCGAGAGUGGGAGUGGGGAUGGGGAUGGGGAUGAUGGGGAUGGGAAUGGCAGCGAGAGCAGGAAUGGAGACAGCAGAAGCAGCAGUCGGGCCACUUCCACCGAGAACGAUGGCUUUGCAGUGCCAGAGCCACCGCCCAGAAAGAAGAGGAGCAGGUGGGACAAUUAAAGCCCAGAGGAGCCCCACAUUCUCCUGCAAACAAAGAUGCUUACACUUCAAAGUCCUGUUAGAAACUUGGUGCAUAGUUUUAUCUGCAUAACCAUCAAAACAAAAAGGGACAUUACUAAAUGGAAUUUCAUUUAGAGUAGUCAGCUAUGUAUCUUGUACUUUCGUGCUGGUAGUUGAAGUGGAAAAUUCUGUAAGUUUUGGUCAGCGGGAAUUUUAAAGGUUGUCAGAUACUUUCAGUACAUUUGUUUUUGCCUUUGCUCUGCACUUGUUGUGAAACAGUAAAGUCCUCUGAAAGAUUUCUGAAACUGUAAAAUCUGAUUUUUCUUUUUGCUGAUUUGUGUUGUGAUAUCCAACUGUGUUUGGGUUGAAGUUGCCUUUCUGGCAGGAGCAGGUCAUGAAAAGGAACCAUUCCUUUGCUGUUCCCCCAGACUGAGAUCAGCAGCCAUUGUCUUCACUCUGGUCUGAACUUCAUCAUCAAAUUCUUCACUAUUGUGUUUGAAAAGUUGGCUCCUUUUAUAUUCAAAUAAAAGACACUUUUAAACAUGAAA